AUGAGGGAACACUCUUCGAAUGUUGAUUCAGCCUUGUUGGAAAAGUUCUACCAGGUGAAAAGCCCGCAGCAGGUGCUUGAGUUUGUUGCUGCGUCGAAUUUACCCAAGAUUAUCUCCAAUUGGAGUUAUUUCAUCUCCAUCAACGACCAUUCCCAGUUCUUAAGAAUCACCAAUAAAUUGAGUGAGUUCACCGGGUUGGUUAACUCGGUAUUCAAUGAUAACAAUGACGACUUGUCCAAUAAACUAGCCAUCUUAGAAUAUAAACAAGCAUUCACCGAUUGUUAUUUGGAUAUGUUGAACAAUCAUACAAAAAUUUUCAUGAAAUGUCUCAAUAAUAGACCAAACUUGAUUAAUCCUAUUCUUUCGUUGUUGACUAACGUUAUCGAGUUCCCGAACUAUAUCAUUGUCAACGAUGUUCUCAAUAACUUUGACUUUAACUCAUCCUUCCUAACAAAAUUACCAAGUAACUCAAAUAAACUGGUUCGAAGUAAAUUUAUAAUAUUCUGGUUCAAGUUAUGCUCAAUUACUAACUCUUUUAUAAGAAAAGAUUUGCUACUCAUAUCAAAGUUGAUGAAUAAUAUAUGGAAGUCGUUAGAAGAAGACUCUGCCGAGUCAUUAUCAGUAAUCAUUAGUUUCAUAAAUGAUAAAAUUUGUCACGAUAUAAAUUUUAAAAAAUCAACAAAGUCAAAAAUCUUAAAUGAAAAUUUCUUACAUAAAUUUUCCUUGCUUUUGAAUAAAAUCGAUCAACCGGUCUAUUCAACUUGUCAAAAAGAGUACCAUGAUUUAUUUAAUCUUUUGGUUACGGAUUUAACCUAUGGGUUGAGGUUCCCAAUUAACAAUAAUGGGAUCGACUUAUCAAUCAAUAAUAAAAAUUUCAAAUUGAAUAAUAAAGUCAUUUACACUUUGUUAACUUUCUUGAAACCUUGGGAAUCUCAUUCUCAUUUGAACCUAUGUAUCGCUAUACUAUCCUCGAAUCUUGAAUUGAUUGCUCCUUACUCCAACUGGAUUGUUGCCAAUGGUGGUGGGUACCAUGAUCCCUCUUUGACUAGUUGGUGGAUUGGCCACACUUUAUUGUACUCGAGGAUCUUAUCAAUUCCAAAUCUUUCCAAAGCUGAUCAAAUCUCUUUGGCUCCUUUAUCAAAAUCUUCCCUUAUGAAAUGUUUGGAGCUGAAAAAUUUACUAAUUGUUCAACUCUCUUUACAAUUGAUUUUCUUACAAUUAAACCAUUUAUCUAAUGUGGAUUCUACCGUUAUUGAAAUCGUAUUGGGUAACUUCCCUAACUUAUCAUAUUUCACUAAUUUUCUCAAUCAUGAAAAUAAAAUCAUCAAAUUAACAAUCUCAAUGAUUUUAUCAAGCUUUGAAAAAUUUAAAUCUUCAAAUAUUUCAAUUCCUUUAUCAGAUUUGAACUUGGAAAAUAAAUAUGAUUUGAUCUUAUUAAAUAACUACUUAUCAAUCCAAUCAAAAGAUUUUAAAUGGUUCAAUAAAAGUCAAAGUUCAAAUUCAUUCUUCACUAAUUUGUUAAAAUUAGGUAAUUCAAAAUUAUUUUCAAAAAUUUUCCUCAUCUUAUCAAAUUUGACUAAAGAUACUUUGAUUUUCAAUUCAAAUUUAAUCGAAUCUCCCUUAAUCCCCUUGAUUUUACUGGGGAUUCCAAAUAAUGAGGUCGCUAAGUUGAUUGAUGAAACCAUCUCAAGGUCAAUCAAAUUUCCUUAUAAAUAUCUUGAUAUUUCUCAUCAAAAUCAUAAUGACUUGAGUUUGUUUAUCAUUGUCUUAUUUGAACAAUUGAACUAUAUCGAGAGAACCCCUGAAAUUCAGGAUUGGCUUGAUGAUUUAUGUGGGAAGUUAGUCCUUAUCGGUGAAUCAGAAAUUGAAUUGAAAAAAUUAAACCCUUCAACUAAAAUUAAGUUGGAAAAUAUCAAUCAACCAAUUUCCAAAUUUCAAUUCGGAAACUUGUUCUAUAAAUUGAAUAAUUGUUCAAAUGAAAAAGAGAUUAUGGAUAACUUUUUAAAAUUAGGUAACUAUAUUGUCUCCGAUAAUUCUUUAAAUAAAUUUGUCAGUUCCGAAAAAUUUUGGGGCCAUUUUUUCAAAUCUGAUAACGUUUUGGUUAUUCAUUUAUUAAAUGAGUUAUUUCAAAAUUUGGAUGUUUUCAAAAACUCAGAACAAAAUGAAUUCCAAACUUUUGUUUUUGAAAAAUUGAAGAAUAAUGAAAUAAUGAAAGUUGAUUUCACUUGGUUAUUAACAAAUCAUCAAUUGAUUGAAUUGACCAAUUCAAAUAAUUCAGAUCCAAAUAUUUACCAAGAAUUAAUUAAUAGAAAAAUUGACAUCAAACCAAAUUUCCAAUUAAUUUUAAAACCAGAAUUUGAAUCAAUUCUCAAAUCCUAUCAAAUUCCUUUAUCUCUUAUAGAAAAUGAUUUGAAAACUUUCAAAAACCUUUUACCAAACGUUUCUCCCCAAUCCGAUUUAUUAAAUUUAAAAACCAAAGAUGAAGAUUUAUUAAUUUUCAUUAGUUCUUUUUAUAAACCGUUUUUUGAUAAGCAUUUAGAAAUAGUUCCAUCAGUUUUGAAAUUGCAAAAUCCCGAGUUUUCAAUCAAAAUAUUCAAUCAUAGUUUUGAUAAAUUUAAUAUCAAUGAUUUAUCAAAAGUCGUACAAGAUUUUGUCAAAGAAAACUUAAAGAAACUGUUCACUCCAGAAUUUGUUGAAUUGAUAGGAAACUUUCAAAUUGAAAACAUUCCUUUCAUAAAUGAUUGGUUGUAUAAGACAAUCUUAUAUAUCACUAAAAAGUUUGCUGAAUCAACUGAACUUUCAUCUAAAUUUGAUUCUUUCUUAAUUAAAACUGACCAAAUCAAUUUCUCCAAGUUACCAAUUCUGAUCAUUAAUUCCCAAUUAGAAGUUAUCUUGAAUUCUAAAGAUUGGAUUAAUAACGAAAUUUAUUUAAAUCAUGCUUACUUAUUAAUCAACUCAAAAUCAAUUCAAUACGAAAAAUUAUUACAAAUAUUUAUUAACAAUGAACAUAACUCAUUAUUUCAAUUACCAACAAAUGAAACAAGAGAAGUAAGGAUAAAAUCAGCACUUAUCAUUGAAAGAUUUUUCAAUUUAAAUCCCCUGAAAAAUUCAACUGAGAGCUUUUUAGAUAAUAUUUUGAACUUUUAUUUAGGAUCAAUCAGAAAAGAUGAUUUGGUAUUGAAAAAUAUUAUGAAGACAAUCGAAACUAAUAUCAAUAAAUCAUGGAUUCAUAAAGUAUCAAAUUGGGAUUUUGCUAAUUCUUUAAAUGAAUCUGAUUUGGAGCUAGUUGGUUUUGAAAGAUUAUUCAUCAGAGAUAAAUCAAGUUUCAUUUUGGCUAUAUCGAAGAAUUUCAUAAUUAAUACUAUAAAUAAUAUCAAUAUUUCGGAUGCUUUGAUUUCUUAUAAUUAUAUCGACACAAUUUACGAUGCAGAGUUUUUAUUGUUACUUAUUAUUAAUAAUGAUGAAUUGAUUAGUGAAAUUAACAAUGAAGAAGAAAAUGUUACCCAAAUAAAAAUCGACUUGAAAAAGUUGAUUGAAUCAAGUUUAUUACAAUUUAUAAUAGCUAAUUUAUCCAAUUCCAAUAAGGAUAUCGUCAACAUUACAAAAGUACUCCUAAAUGGUAUGUUGAAAUCGAUUGAAUUACAAGAGUUCAAAGACAAGAACAUAUUCCAGGUUUAUUUAUGUAAUAUAUUAAACACAUUGAAAUCGGAGAAAUUUGAACAUUAUAGUUCAUUAAUCUGGUAUAGUUAUGCCUCAUUAGUUCCAAUUUUAUCUAACCCGGGUCAUUUCUUGUAUGAAAAAGUUUUCAGAUACAUUUUGUCAAAUCCUACAAUCAGUGAAAUACCACUUUUCAAGUCUAUUUCCAACCCCUUUGCUGAUGAAGAGGAACUGUCGAGUCAUGAUUUGUACUACCGUCAAAUCAAUUGGUUAAUAACCGAUUUAAUCCAUGGUACAAAGCAACUUGAUGAUUUAAACAUCAUCAGACUGAAAAAGAUCAUCGAAUGGUUAAUGAAUAUCAAUAAUUCUUUGUAUGCCCCAUUCAAAACCAAGCAAUUGAUUUUGAAUUAUAUUUAUAACUUACAAAAAUUGAAUAACGGAUCGGAUUUAUUAAUCACAAGAUUUGCCAUCUUAUCAAAUUUUGAAAUCAUCAGACAAUCUCUACAGAACGAUAACUUGAUAGAUAAACAGUUGAAGUUGAACAUUGAUCAGAUCUUAUUAAGAUUUGGUAUCACCUUCCAAUCAAAUAAGAGAAUAAAAGAUUGGACUGCAAACGAUUUACCAAAUGUCAUUAAAAGACUUGGUAAAUUAGCACAUUAUUCUUUUGACUUAGUUUUGAUUUCAAUCAUACUCGCAGGUAUUCAUCGUAACACUGGUUUAGUGUUCGAUACUUCCCAUUUCUCAUCUGUCGAUUUCCGUAGAUGGUUUGGCAAUUAUUUAGCUUUUGGUGAAUCCUGUUAUGAUAGAACAGUGUCAAUCUUGAAAUACAGUGGUUAUUUCAAGCAAAGAAACUUGGUUUAUGAUUAUGUCUCGAAAGAAGCUGGUAAGUACUUAAAAGAACAAACUGGUAGAGACUUAAAUGAUUUCUCUAAAGAAAAUUAGAUUUCUUUUCAUAUCUUCAAAUUGGUAAUUCUAG